AUGAAUAUGCGAGUACAAUUGCAAAAUGAUCCAACGGCACAAGUAUUUUCAAAACAAUUGCUGGAUAUUGGAAAUGGUGAAAUUGAGUUGCAUCAAAAUACAGAAUACAUAAAAUUACCAGAUAUUUUCUGCACUGUUGUUGAAACGAGAAAUGAACUAAUUGAGAGUGUCUUUCCGGAUAUAUUGAAUUAUUAUUUAGAUCACAAUUGGCUCUGUAAUUGUGCUAUUUUGGCAGUAAGAAAUGUUGAUGUGAACGAAAUUAACUUCCAUAUACAACAGAUUUUGCCCGGUGAUUUGAUGUCUUUUAAAUCAAUCGACACAGUUAUUGAUGAAAACGAAACCGUAAACUUUCCAACUGAAUUUUUGAAUUCUCUGGAUUUACCAGAAAUGCCACCACACAACCUUCAAUUGAAAAUUGGUUCACCAAUCAUUCUUCUAUGUAAUUUAAACCCACCUCAAUUAUGUAACGGUACACGUUUAGUCAUAAAAAAAAUGACCGAAAAUAUUCUUGAAGCAACAAUUUUGUCGGGAAAAUUUAAAGGAGAUAUCGUCCUGUUGCCACGUAUUCCACUGAUGGGGUCGGAAUCUCCAAUACCGUUUAAAAGGCUCCAAUUUCCGAUUUGUUUAGCUUUUACGAUGACCAUAAAUAAAUCUCAAGGCCAAACAAUGUCUAUUUGCGGUUUGAAUUUGGAAAACACAUGUUUCUCACAUGGACAGCUUUAUGUUGCCUGCUCAUGUGUAGGAAAACCAUCAAAUCUCUUCGUGUUAGCGAAAGACAGGUUAACCAGAAAUGUUGUACACAAAGUAGUACUUAGAUAA